AUGGCUCGGAGGAAGGUUGCCCUCAAGUAUAUCCCACACGAAAAAACUCGUCGCGAGACGUUAAAGAAGCGCAGCAAGAGCCUGAUGAAGAAGGCAGGUGAGGUGGCCGUCCUAUGCAACAUCAAGGCAUGCGUCAUCGUCUACCCCGAGGGUAAGCCUAUGCCACAAGUCUUCUCGUCCCAUGAUGAUGAUGAUGCGGUCGCUACCAUGAACCGGUUAAGGACCAUGAAGGAUGAUGAUCCAUUCAAUAAGAAGAUGGACCAUGAGUGCUUCCUGGAGAAGCGCUCUAGAAAGCUCCAGGAGCAGGCUCUCAAGUCCGAGCGUGAACGCGAGGAGAACGAGACCAGGCUACUCCUACACAAGUCUAUGCUAGUGGGCAAUGUUGGGCUCUCAGUGGAAGAGCUUACCAAUGUUGAAUGCAAGGUGGAUGUCUUCCUGAAGAGCAUCCGCGACCGCAUCACGAAGAUCCAAGGGCAGCCCCCGGUAUACAAGCCUUCCCAGGUACAGGCGUCGAAUGCCAACUUCACCAUUGGCACCAUUGGAGCUCCAUCGAUGUAUCAGCCUCAGCCGCCGACACCCUACGUCACCAACAACAUGGGCGACAUUAGAGCUCCAACAAUGUACAAUGCUCUGGUGUCGAGUCCUUCUGUCACCGCCAAAAUGGACACCAUUGGAGCUCCAACGUUGUACAAUGCUCGUGUAUCGACUCCCUAUGUCAAUGGAACCAUGGACGCUAAUGGAGCUCCAAUGGUGUACCAGUCUAAGGUGCCUCCACAUCAGCAUGAGGAAUGGCUCGAAUUGAUGAGGUCCGGAGGAGGGGACCUCGGUGAGCCCAUUGAUCUGGGCACAUUGUCCAGUUGUCCAUGGGGCGGUGCCGAUACAGGCCCUUCUCCGAGUGCUUUCCCUCCUAUGUAA